CGGCCCGUGUGCUGUUUACUUUCCCAUGAUGGUCGCGGUUCUCUGAAUGAAUGCAGCGCUAUGCGUCGCCGCGCGGAAUCAUGGUAGUCGUCAACUCGGUGCUGAAGCUCGUCCAGCGGCAGACGUACACAUGCCUGUCGCACCGCUACGGGCUCUACCUCUGCUUCGGGGGCAUCGUCCUCAUGAUCGUUUCCGCCUUCCAGUUCGGAGAGGUGGUGGUUGAGUGGAGUCGAGACCAGUAUCAUGUUCUGUUUGACUCCUACAGAGAUAACGUGGGUGGAAAAUCCUUCCAAAGCAGGCUCUGUCUGCCCAUGCCCAUCGACGUGGUGUACACGUGGGUGAACGGCACAGACACGGCUCUGCUGAAGGAGCUGAAGACGGUCAAAGAGCAGCUGGAGGAGGAACAAAGAGCUCUGAGGGAACGUCUGGGGAAAAAUGCAAGCGAGACAACUGAAGUCCCAAAAGACAGUGGUAAGCAAGAAUGUCUCCUGUCCCACUGCAUCCUGGCGCCCAUGCUGGCCCUGGACCCCGCCCUGCCGGCCAACGUCUCCCUCAAAGAGCUGCCGUCGCUCUCCGCCGCCUUCGCCGCCGCCAAAGAGCUGCAGCUGAUCACGAAACCCUUCGUGUCUGUGGUCGUCUUCCACUCGCAGGCUGACGCUGAUAAAGCCUUUACAGAUGUGUCCAGAGAAGAGCAGAAAUUCACAGUGUCCAGAUGUUACCUGACGACCGAUAAAGAAGCUCCAGGUCUGAUCCGCAUGCAGACUCUGGCGUAUCUGAGCGGCUUCCCGGCGUCCUAUAAGGAGACGGAGACGCUGCGAGUCAAACUCCCCUCGGUCAUAACCAGCAAGAUCAAACAGUUUGAGUUGUACUCGGAGGCAAGCAUCGCCCUGCUCCACCUGAACACCCAGCAGGACUUCUCUGACCUGACGCAGCAGGCGAAGAAGAACCUGACCCUGGACGGGAAAGAGUUAACCAUCAGCCCCGGCUACCUGUUCUGGGACCUCACCGCCAUCUCUCAGUCCAAACACGACGAAGACGUCUCCGCCAGCCGAUUCGAGGACAACGAGGAGCUGCGCUACUCGCUGCGCUCGGUGGAGCAACACGCUCCCUGGGUGAGGCACAUCUUCAUCGUCACUAAUGGGCAGAUUCCCUCCUGGCUCAACCUGGACAACCCCAGAGUCACCGUCGUCUCCCAUCAGGACAUCUUCCAGAACCGCAGCCACCUUCCCACCUUCAGCUCCCCGGCCAUAGAGACCCACAUCCACCGCAUCCCGGGGCUCUCCCAGAAGUUCAUCUACCUCAACGACGACGUGAUGUUUGGCAAGGAGGUGUGGCCGGACGACUUCUACAGCCACUCCAAAGGACAGAAGGUGUAUCUCACCUGGCCGGUUCCUAACUGUGCUGAGGGCUGCCCGGGCUCCUGGAUCAAAGAUGGCUACUGUGACAAAACUUGCAAUAACUCUUUGUGUGACUGGGAUGGAGGAGACUGCCAGGGCUCAGCUGGGAACGGUCGGUUCGCCCCUGGUGUCGGUGGCGAGCCCGGUGUGGGGGCCGGUCAUCUGUGGCAGUACGGAGGUGGUAUCGGAGGACUCGGGGGGACGUCCUAUUGCAAUCAAGGCUGUGCCAACUCCUGGCUGGCUGACAAGUUCUGCGACCAGGCCUGCAAUGUACUGGCAUGCGGCUUCGACGUGGGCGACUGUGGCAAAGAGCAUUUCAACGAGCUGCUUGGUGUGACCCUCCAGAGGAACCGGACCCUCUACACUCUCCCCCUGGGAGAGGUCAGGCCGUUUUUCAGCUUCAAAAGUUUUGCCCGCAGAGUGUCCGAGGCCCAGGUCAGCGACAACCCGGUGGUCCGUCACACCUCUGUCGCCAACAAGUGGCAGACCGUGCACUUGCUUCUUUACCCCGGGCACAACGCCACGCAGAUCCAGUACAACCUCACCUUCCAAGGAUACGACAACAAGGAGUUCACGAUGACUUUCGGCGUAGCCAUCGACACCCGCGAGGUUCCUCUCGCCAACGUGUCCAAGACCACGAGCAAAGACGAGAGCAUAGAGGCAAAGCCGACGCUGGCUCCUGAGCCCGUUGUGGCUUUCUCAGAUGUUCCAGAGGACAAACGAGGUCCGAGGAUCCAGACGAGGCAGCUGGAGAUCGCCAUCGAGGUCCCUUCACUGAACGUGUCACUUUUACCAGCUGUCAUACGCACUGAGCUGCAGAAGCUGGAGGAGAAGCUGCUCAACGGGGACAUUACUGUGAAGGGUUUUAACCUCACAAAGGCCGAGCUUCUCAAACCUUUCGAGACACUGGCUCAACAGCAGCAGGUCUCUGAUGAGGGUGAAGCCAAGGUUCAGAGGAAGCCUUACAAAGACCUGGAGGGAGAGCCAAAACGAGAAGCUGAAAACAUCGUUCAGCAAAAUCACAACGCAAAUAAAGACGCGGCUGUGAAAGAACCACCGGUCACUCCUCUUGUCCCCGUCCACAUCGAAGAUGUGCACAAAGAGCUGGAACCAUCUAAACCUCCCGUGAAAGCCGCCAUCGAAAAACCUUUGACUUUCAAGCUGCUGAAGGAAAUCUCCAAAAUCAGAAGUGCUGAGAGUCAGAAUGAUCCGACCAACGCUGCAGGAGGAGGAGCUCCAGGCGGGAGGAGGCUCCAGCACUUCACCUCCUCGGAUCGAGGCUUCCUGCCCUGGGAGAAGAGGAAGUACUUCCAGGGACUACUUGAGGAAGGGGAGCGUCUGAAGAAAGAGCUGAUGUACGUGACCGACGGCGGCGCCACAGCCCGGAGGCUGCGGGACACGUUUGGCGAAUCCCUUCGCUACGUCAACAAGCUGCUCAACAAACAGUUUGGCUUCACGUCCCGCAAAGUCCCGGCGCACAUGCCUCACAUGAUCGACCGACUCAUCAUGCAGGAGAUGCAGGACACAUUCCCAGAGGAGUUUGACAAGACGUCCGCCCACCACGUGCGUCACUCGGAGGACAUGCAGUUCGCCUUCUCGUACUUCUACUUCCUGAUGAGCGCUCAGCAGCAGCUCAACGUCUCCGAGGUGUUUGACGAGAUCGACACGGAUCACUCGGGCGUUCUGUCCGACCGGGAGAUUCGAACUCUCGCCACAAGGAUCCACGAGCUGCCCCUCAGCCUCCAGGAUCUGACAGGCCUGGAGCAGAUGUUGAUCAACUGCUCCAAGACUCUCCCGACCAACCUGACCCUGCUCCACCUGGUGAACCCCACGCAGGAGACCUACUACGACCCCAGCAUGCCUCCAGUUACAAAAGGCCUCGUCCUCCACUGUCAGCCCAUCACAGAACGCAUCCUCAAAGCCUUCAGAGACCAGAAUAAGUACAAGUUCGAGAUCAUGGGAGAGCAGGAGAUAGCGUUCAAGAUGGUGCGCACCAACGUGUCGCAUGUGGUCGGCCAGUUAGACGACAUCAGGAAGAAUCCGAGGAAGUUCAUCUGCCUCAACGACAACAUCGACCACAGCCACAAAGACGCUGCCACAGUGAAAGCUGUGCUCAGAGACUUCUACGAGUCCAUGUUCCCGCUGGCGUCCCAGUUUGAGCUGCCCAGGGAAUAUCGCAACAGGUUCCUGCACAUGGACGAGCUCCAGGAGUGGCGGAUUUAUCGAGACAAGCUGAAGUUCUGGACGCACUGUGUCCUCGUGACGCUCGUCAUCUUCACCGUCUUGUCCUUCUUCGCCGAACAGCUCAUUCUCCUCAAGAGAAAGCUGUUCCCCAGACGCAGAGUGAACCAGGACAUCAACCCCGAGCGGGUGUGAUACAGGGACACCUCCCUCUCCUCCUCCUUUCUGCACUUCCACCUCCGCCCCUCUCUCCUCCCGGCUCAGUCGGGUGGAUCCAGACGAGGAGUGGACACAGGAACCCGACGUCCUCGCCGCUUGUGUUUCAUCAGCACGGCCGGACGACAGACACUCAUACGUGAGAUGUGGCGAUGACACGUUUUUUAUUUCAGAAGAUGAUGGACGGGGCUGGCCCACGAACGAAAUGAUGAAGCCUGUGCAUCUUCAUGUCGUCCACUGGGGGCGUCAGAGACUCUCACACAGACAAAACACAAAACACUCCCCCCCCACCACUCCUCAUGUCCCGUCCUUUGUGUCAGUGAUCGAUGUGUUGAGGUGUCAAACACUUGAUCGGACUGUGUGUGUGUGUGUGUGUGUGUGUGUGUGUGUGUGUAUGCAUGCAUGUGUGUGUGUUGUGUGUGUAUGUGUGUGUGUGUGUGUGUGGGUACACCUGGAACAAAUCAUUUCAACUAUUUAAAGAAGAUAUUAAUCACACGUCCGAAAGCCAAACAAGCCAAAAAAUGAUGGUACUCCUUAAAGCUCUUAUUUUCUACUCUUUCCUGUUAAAUCUUCAUAAAUCAAUUAACUUGAUGGUACAGACAGUUUUUUCGAAAAUGUCGCUUUUUUCACAAUUUUAUAGACAAAACCAUGAAUUGAUAAAAGAUCGGGUUGGUAAGUUGUUUCUUUUCUCUCACUUUUUAAUCUUCUUAUUUAUCUUAUUUGUUGAAAUCCUCGUCACGUCCCGAUAGCCAGUCGUCUGAAAAUUGAUCAGCAGAUGAAGAAGAUUCUAACUUGGUGUCUGGUUGAGUGGCGUUUACCUCGAUGGCUUUAUUUUAAAGGAAAGGUGCGUGAAGUACAUAGAGGACGAAUAAGGAAUAAUUAAUUUGUGUCGUUUUAUGUCCAUUGUCGUUAAACCAUGAAAACUUGAAGUGCCUUCUUUGUUCAUUCCUGCUUGUUUGAACAUCAGUUUUUUUUUUUAAACGUCUGAUCAUAAACGUUGACCCGUGCACAUCACACCCUAACCUAGUGAUGUACAAUGGGAAUGAAUGGGAUACAGGAUAAUAUAAUGAUCAUUGUUAUUCUGGAACCAAUGCAUCUGAUUGUCGGAGCUACGUGAUGCUGCAACUGUCAUGGCCGCCUGCACAUGUGUCCCCGUGGGACUCGACAGGAUCGCCGCUGUCUGAAAUUCAGACGCCCUCGGCAUGUUCUCCGACUCACUUUCAUUGUUGUCGUGAGACGAGCGACGUGUGCGUCUGAUGUGAAUGCUGCUCGUCACCUCUUCAUGACCUUUAUCUCUAAAUGUCACUUUUACUAACUUUCUUUACUAUAAUAAUGUCCAAUCGACAUGGAGGCGACUCCCAGAUGUUGUCAGCGCUUUGCCUCUGAGUCAUGUGAUUCCUCGGGGGUGGCGGCGUCACCGGGCGAGGCAGGCGAGCCGAUGAGUCGCGUGUUUUGGAAAUGUGGUUAUGAUGAUUGCAUCAGUGGAGCGGUUCCUCUGACUGAAAUAAAAGUGGUUUGGUUCGGUCCUCUAAACUGUU